UUCUUUUCGAAAAGGUGUUUUUGUUUUUGGUAUGAAACUGUUUUGAGUUGUUUUUAAAAGCUUAUUUUAAGAACGAGGAAGCUACUGCAUCUACUAUUGAUUCAGAAGGAUAGUUGAAGACUGGAGAUUUGUGUUACAUUGACAAUGAAGGUUUUUGUCUUUGUUGUUGAUAGAUUAAAGGAGCUUAUCAAAUGCAAUCGUUAUCAGGUUGCUCCAGCUGAGCUUGAAGCAUUGUUGCUUGCUCAUCCAGAGAUUGCUGAUGCAGCAGUAAUACCCAUCCCUGACUUGAAAGCUGGGCAAUAUCCAAUGGCAUAUAUCGUAAGAACAGCUAGAAGUAACUUAUCCAAAAAAUCCCUCUGGCAAAAUUUUAAGAAGAGAACUUAUAAAGCUCACAAACUCGAAGCUCUAGCAAACAACUCUAUCUUACACUUCACUAAGCAGCAGGUCUAUUCUAAGUUGCUGCGUCCGAGUUUCGUUACGGUCCGAGCCAUGUCAGAGUCUCAGACAGCUCUAAAGAAUCAGCCACAGUCCUCGGCCUCCUCUGGAAAGAAGCAAGCUUUGAUAUCUUCAUCUGACAAGUAGGAUUUAGCUACUGUUGGCAACGGUCUUCAAGAGUAGGUAUGUGUUAUUUCAUAAUUUUUAGUUAUGUUUCUGUUCUAAUAAGUGUUUAUGGAUUGAAAAAUGAUUCCUUUUGUUUUCAUUGUUUCUACUGGAGGAACGCCUCUACCUUGGAGAAUGCUGGAGUCUCUGUCACUUCCAAAGUGGAGACGCUUACUCAUUUCCCUGAAAUGCUUGAUGGCCGUGUGAAGAGUUUGCACCCAAACAUACACGGUGGUAUCCUCGCUGGAAGAGAUGUGGAUCAUCAUAUGGAAGCUCUUAAUGAGCAUGGCAUUGGAAAUUUAUUGUGGAACCGAACUCUUCCUCCGCCAUCUCCAAUAAGACCUUAAAGAUUGGAUGUUUCAGAUAAUCCAACGGCAUAACAAGCCCCCUGCCUUCUCUGGUGUACACAGAGAAGUGUCCUUUCUUACAAUGCCUCCACUUCUCCAUCAUAUUGGUGAGUUUAAGACUCUUGCAAGAUCCUUUCUUCAUAUGUUUCGACUCUGAUGUCUCUGCUCUUUGAUCUGUUACCAACAUAAUACCAUUGUGUAUACUAUUUAUUAGACUGUUAAGGUCUGAAGCUAUACCUUCCUCUCUCUCCAUGUAUAUAUACUACAAAACGUGAUUAGUGUUUGUGAAAAUAUCUCGAACAAAAAAUAUAAUUCUUAAAUAACUAAUAAAAAGAAUAUGAAUUUUUUUUAAAAAUAAUUUAAUAACAUAAAAAUAAUUAUGAAAAUGAGAAUUUAUUUUACAAUAACAAAUACUCCGAGUGAAACACAAGAAAUACGAGAAACUAAAAAAAUAUUAUAAAAUGGAAGUCACAUAAUUUUCAAAGAUUUUUAACAAUUAAUUGAGAAAAAUAUAAUAAAAUAGAACUAAAAGAAUUAACUAUAAAAAUAAAUGAAAAUUGUAUUUAUAUAAUAACACAUUAAAGAAACCAUAUGCAAUUAAAUGUAGUAACUUCAUGAAUUUCAAAGAGAGUUUCAAUACAACUAAUUUAAUACUAAUAUGAAAAUAAUUUUUUUGUAAUUAUAAAUUUUAAAUUGAAACGCAAUAAAAACGAUAAGAUAUAGAAGUAUAAAUGAAAGGAGAAAAUAUAAAAUAAACCAAUCAAAAUAUUUAUAUUACCAAAAUGAAGAAGAACACAUUUCUAUUGAAAUCAUCUCAA